AUGUCUAAGAAAACCUCAGAGUUUCAAGUACAUGAAACCACUACAAAUGUUGGAUCAUCAAAUAAUUAUGAUAUACCGCCUUCAUCAUCAUCAAUAGAAAUAGAGACUACAAAAUCAAAUUCAGGGAAAACGAACCCCAUAUUAUAUUAUCUUAAUAUAGCAUCAAAAAAAUUAGAUUCAUUUGGAGUUGAAACUAGAGGUAUUGAAAGAAUAGAACCAUAUGAAAGAUCAACGAACAAAACCAAACAAUUAAUAAGUGUUAUUGGAUUAUGGUUGUCAGCUUGUGGUGGUUUAUCAUCCAUGUCAACUUUUUAUUUAGGACCUUUAUUAUUUGGAUUAGGUUUGAAAAAUACAAUGAUUGCUGGAUUAGUUGGUCAUACUUUAGGAUGUUUUAUUGCAGCUUAUUGUUCAUUAAUGGGUCCAAGAUCUGGUUGUAGACAAAUGGUUAGUGCAAGAUUUUUAUUUGGUUGGUGGUUUGUUAAAUUAGUUGCAUUAGUUAGUAUUAUUGGAGUUAUGGGUUGGUCAGUUGUUAAUUGUUUAGUUGGAGGUCAAAUAUUGGCAAGUAUGAGUAAUAAUAAGAUACCACUUUGGGCUGGGAUAGUUUUGAUUGCAGGUAUUUCAUUAACUGUUGCAAUUGGUGGUAUAAAACAUUUAAUGAGAAUUGAAGCAUUAUUGAGUUUACCAGUUAAUUUUGCUUUUCUUUUAUUAUAUGUUGUUGCUUCACAAAAAUUUGAAUAUUUGACUUUAGGAGAUGCUAUAACUGAUCCAGCUACUAUAAAAGGUAAUUGGUUAAGUUUUUUUUCAUUAUGUUAUUCAAUUACUUCAACUUGGGGUUCAAUAGCAUCUGAUUACUAUAUUUUAUUUCCAGAAACUACUCCAGAUGUUCAAAUAUUCACUAUUACAUUAUUAGGUAUUUUCAUACCAACUACUUUUGUAGGUGUUGCAGGUUUAUUAAUUGGUAAUGUUGCAUUGACAUAUAAACCUUGGGGUGAUGCUUAUGAAAAUUUUGGAAUGGGAGGUUUAUUAAAUGAAGCUUUCAAACCUUGGGGUGGAGGUGGAAAAUUUUUAUUGAUAUUAAUUUUCUUUUCAUUAAUUUCAAAUAAUAUUUUAAAUACUUAUUCAGCCGCAUUUGGUGUACAAUUAGCAGGUUCAGGAUUUGCAAAAGUUCCAAGAUGGUUAUGGGCAGUUGCAUUAACUGCAGUAUAUUUAAUUUGUGCAUUAGUUGGUAGAAAUAAAUUUGCAACUAUUUUAGGUAAUUUCUUACCAAUGGUUGGUUAUUGGAUAUCAAUGUAUUUUAUAAUGCUUUUAGAAGAAAAUGUCAUUUUUAGAACUGAUAGAUUCAAAUAUUUAUAUGAAAAAGAAUUUUCAAAUGAACAAGAAGAAUCAGAAAGUAUGGAUUUAAAACAAAAAAUUCAUUAUCCAACUAGAUCAAAACAACAUUAUAAUUUUAAAAUAUGGAAUGAUUAUGAUAAAUUAACACAAGGUAUAGCUGCUACUUGUUCAUUUAUAAUAGGUGCUACUGGUGCUGCUGUUGGUAUGUCACAAACAUAUUGGAUUGGUCCAGUUGCAAGAAGAAUUGGUGGUGAAUAUGGAGGUGAUAUUGCAAUGUGGCUAUGUAUGGGAUUUAGCGGGUUGUGCUACCCAGUAUUUAGGUAUAUAGAGUUACAUAGAUUCAGAAGAUGA